UUCCCAUUCAGGGCACAUGCCUGGGUUGUGAGCCAGGUCCCCAAUUGGGGACGUGUGAGAGCAACCUAUCUAUGUAUCUCUUACACAUUGAUGUUUCUCUUCCUCUCUUCCUCUCUCUCUGUCCCUCUCUAUAAAAAUAAAUAAAUAAAAUAUAAUUUUGAAAAGCUGCUUGAAAAAACAAUGCUUUAUAUAUUAUAGGCAUGUAUUACUUUAAUAAAAAUAUAAAUGUAAAGGAAGAUUCAAACAUAACAAUUAAUAAGGUUAUUUUAAUAAGCAUAUAUCAAAAUUUGAACCAUAGAGAGAAUUUUUGGCAUUUGAAAUCAUUUGUGCAGCAUCAUUUAAUUGUUUAGGAAUAAAACUCAUUUCAUCACUCUGUCAGUGGCAACUACUCAUAUUCUUUGGCCUUAAACUUUAAUUUUUGAAAAUGUUUUUCUUUGUGGUUGCAUUUAUGAAACCAGUUCCAUAUACCAAUCAAGUGAUAUUGAAAAUAAAGACCAACUACUAUAUGCAAUAUUCUUAUGUCUGUAUUUUACCAAAUAUAUUUGUACUGGCUGUCUGAAUAAAUUUAUAUACAAAUCAUAUAGUUAACUAAUAACUUAAAUACAAAUAUUUAUUGUGAAUUUUUAAGAUUACACAACCCCAAAACAUUUCAAAAAUUGUAAAGUACAGAGAAGGAAAAAAAUCAUAUUCAAUCAUAUGUCUCAAAUAGCUUGUCUUGAUUUUUCAGUGUCUAGCUUUCCAUACUUAUUUAUCUAUAUAAAUGAACAACACACCCAUAAAUCUUUAUGAGGUUUAUGUAAGAUAUAAACAAUUGGGAAAAUAGAAAGGAAAUAUGUCCAAUAUGUAACUUAUGUUUUUGUAAUUUAUUUCCCAAGAAAUAGUGUGUUCUUUAUACUGAAUACUUUAAUUGUAUUGUUUUAUAACUUAAAUGGUGGUGAUUAUGUUGGAAACUAAAAUUACUGCAAUAAAAGGGGGUAACCUAUGAGUAAAUCUCCCCCCUGUGACAUUUUACAGAUUUUUUCCUCUAAUGUAUCUCAUAUUUUAUGGACAUUUGUAUUUUAUUUAUUUUUCAUAAAUAAAUUUUAUUGAUUUGGAUAUUUUGAGUAUGUCGGCUAUCUCCCGCUAUUGUCUUCCAGUGGUUAGUGUAUUUUAUUUUUCAAAACAAAAAAUAGGUUAUUUGUUGUAAUUUGUUUCUUUCAUUUACUGGAUUAGAUACAUCUCACAUAUAUUUUUCCUAUGUCCAUAGCACAUACAUAAAAACUGGUCAUCUACUAAGUAGACCACAAAGAAAGCCUAAGUCUUAAUUAUAAUAAAUCCUACAGGGCACAUUUUCUGAACAGGGAAGGAAUCGAGUUCAAAGUUAAUGACUCAAGGUUUUAUUUUUAAAAAACGGAAAACACCACUUCCACGGUUUGGGUUCAAGGACAGUUAGAAAGUCAGGAAGGAAUGGCAGUUGGAAUGGCAGUGACGCAUGAAUGGCGCUAUACGUAAACCUAGUGUGACGUCCUGGAGUCUCCUGGAGAAAAACAGCUACUCCUUUCUAAGCUACACCAAGGGGAGCUGCGGCAGGGCCUCCGGGGCAGUGGUGCACUGGCUCACUAGAAGAUCUCACUGCAGCCAUGAGCAGUAAGGAAUACUUCAGCUGUGGACACUCUGGCUACGGGGCCCAGGGAUGCCGUAGAGGAGGACAAGCUCGAGGGCGCAGAGCUAGAGGCCGUGGCAGAGGUUCUCAGUGCAGUUCCACCACCCUAACUGACUUCUGUUACCGCUGUGGUGAGUCUGGUCAUCAUGCUAGGGACUGUGACUUCCUCGAGGACAUCUGCUACAACUGUGGGAAAAGUGGUCACAUUGCCAAAGACUGUGCCAAGCCUAAGCACGUGAGAGAACUGUGCUGUUACACUUGUGGCAGACCAGGCCAUCUUGCUCGUGACUGUGACCAUCCAGAAGAGCAAAAGUGCUACACUUGUGGUGAACAGGGUCACAUUCAGAAAGACUGCCCACAAAUCAAGUGCUACCGGUGUGGCGAAACCGGCCAUGUGGCCAUCAACUGCACCAAGAUAAAGGAGGUCAAGUGCUACUGCUGUGGGGAGUACGGUCAUUUAGCCGCGGAAUGCCCCACUGAAGCUACCGAUUAACUUUUUUCUUUCCGUGCCCCCGCCUUUUGCUCACUGAUAAUUGUAUUAUUCUCUCUGAAACAUCUUCAAUGAUGGAAGGUUGAUAGAAGUUACUCCUAAGCCAGGUAGCUUUAAUUAUCAUGUUAAAGGAGGAAAGGGCUAGAAAAAAUAUCGGACUUGUAGAUGUCUUAUAAUCAAUGUGUUUCUGUACCACUAGUAAAUCCACUUAUUAAAUAGCCAUUUGGAGCCCAAGGUAAUUUCUAGGUUCUUUGGAGUAUUUUUAUUUAAGCUCCAAUUAAGACCUAAAGUGUGCCAGCUACUACUGGAGGAGUUAAGGAUACAUCAGUAAAUAAAUCAGAGCAAGUUUGAGAACACAGACCUAGAAUCCAUUAACAAACGAAAUAUGUACUGUGUCAGAUGAAGAUAAAUUGCUACAGAGAAAAAGAACACCAAGCAAAAGGAUAAAGACUGUGUAUGUUGGUGGGGGGGUGGGGCACACAUGAUUCUGUUUUAGCUACACAUGGUACCCUGAGGAGGUGACAUUCCCUCAGAGAUUCAUUGCGUAAAUAAAGCUGAUACUAGAAAUGACUAUGGCCUGGACAAAGUAACUUUAUUAUGUAUUGAUUGCUUUGAAUCAUUUUACUUCAUUACCUUUUAAAUCACAUUAAAAGACACCUCUAUCUGGUCCUGCAUAGAGUGUAUAGUUUAAUGAAAAUAAAUCAGAAAAGAUCUGUAUAAUGUAUUUAAAAGGCUUAAAGAGAGGAAUGAGAAAAAAAAACAGCUAAACAAAGAAAACCUUAGCAGCAAAUUCUGAGCAUAAAGAUAUUGAUGGCAAAGUUUGAACUUA